AAUUUCAUGGUGCUCGUCGAGACCGUGCGCUCUCUCUCUCCAUUUUUCUUUGCAGAGCAGAAAGCAUCAGACGGUGCGAGGGUGAGUGGGGAGAGGAAGAGAGUGGUCGGGAGGGAGGGAUAUUCAAACCAAACCAAGCGAAGGAACGCUGAGACGUUUUAUAAUUCGUAGCGUGGUCGUGCUCCAGCGAGCAUUGCCAAUUCACUCGUUAAUUUCUGCUAAUUUUUCGGCAUUAGUUUCAGUCUUCUGCUUCUUCAAGGAGGAGGAGGUUUCCAAUUGCUUAACUGGAGGAGGUGUCUCCCAGUGAAUUAUCCCCUCAAAUCCGGAUGACGCUAAAAUAACAAACCUUUAUUGGUUUCUCAGUAUAUUCAUAAACUACUCUCAGUUACGCAUCAACUUCUUCGUGCAAGUAUAACAUUCCAGGCCGGAGAAUGUCCAGGCCUCUGCAUCGAGGUGUAUCUGGUGUUCGGAUCUCUUACAGCAGUCAUGAGUUGCGGGAUUCUCAGUCCAAAGAUAAAGCAGAAAAGGAAGAUUUGGAUAGAAGAGCUUCAUCAGAUCACAGCCCUUUAGCCCUGAGGUUUCCUUUACGAUUAUUUUUGGUAGAUAAUUCUCAAUCAAAAUAUGGUAACUCCGAGAAUGGUUUCACCGAUAGCUUCAUUGCUGGCACUCCAAGGAGUCGACAUAAUUUGAUAAUGCUUCUCUUGAAAUCAAGCCUACUAUUUAUUGUUGUUCUUGCUCUUACUGGAUCUUUUUGGUGGACGAUCUUGAUUUCAAGCUCAUCAAGAGGUCACAUAUACCAUGGUUAUAGAAGACUCCAAGAGAAACUUGUGGCAGACCUUUUGGAUAUUGGGGGGUUUUCCAGCGGCACCUCGAGACUGAAAGAAAUGGAAUUUUGCUCUCAAGAAUUUGAAAACCAUGUUCCUUGCUUUAAUGUUUCUAAGAAUCUAGCUUUCAGUUAUUCUGAUGGCAAUGAGCUUGAUAGGCAAUGCGAUCAUGAGCUCAGGCAAAACUGUUUAAUACUUCCUCCUGUGAAGUACAAAAUUCCUCUUCGGUGGCCAACUGGAAGAGAUGUUAUCUGGGUUGCAAAUGUCAAAAUCACAGCCCAGGAGGUUCUUUCUUCUGGAAGCUUGACCAAGAGAAUGAUAAUACUGGAUGAGGAACAAAUUUCCUUUCGUUCAGCCUCCCUUAUGUUUGAUGGUGUUGAAGACUAUUCACAUCAGAUUGCAGAAAUGAUUGGACUUAGAAAUGAGUCUAACUUCCUACAAGCAGGGGUUCGAACCAUACUGGACAUUGGUUGUGGCUAUGGGAGCUUUGGAGCACACCUCUUUAACAGUAAUCUGUUGACUAUGUGCAUUGCUGACUAUGAGCCUUCUGGUAGCCAAGUUCAGCUCACGCUUGAGAGGGGUCUGCCAGCUAUGAUUGCUUCUUUCACUUCAAAACAGUUGCCAUAUCCAUCUCUCUCAUUUGAUAUGUUGCAUUGUGCAAGAUGUGGGAUUGAUUGGGACCAGAAAGAUGGCAUUCUCUUGAUUGAAGCUGAUAGACUUCUAAAGCCGGGUGGCUACUUUGUCUGGACAUCGCCACUUUCAAAUGCUCAUAGCAAAGAGAAUCAGAAGCGGUGGAAGUUUGUCCAUGAUUUCACAGAAAAUAUUUGCUGGGAAAUGUUGUCUCAACAAGAUGAUACUGUCAUAUGGAAGAAAACUAGUAAAAGGAAUUGCCACAAUUCAAGAAGUUCUGGUGCUGGCCCUCCUUUGUGUGGUAAGGGUUACGAUGUGGAGUCUCCACAUUAUCGAGAACUGCAAAACUGCAUCGGAGGAACACAUAGCAGUCGUUGGAUUUCUAUUGAUGAGAGGGCAACCUGGCCUUCUCGGGCUAACUUGAACAAUAAUGAGCUUGUUACCUAUGGGCUGCAUCCUGAAGAAUUUGCUGAGGAAUCUGAAAGCUGGAAAACAUUAGUCCGUAAUUAUUGGUCUCUCCUUUCGCCUUUAAUAUUCUCUGAUCAUCCAAAGAGGCCAGGUGAAGAGGAUCCUUCACCACCUUACAACAUGCUCAGAAAUGUAUUAGACAUGAAUGCUCGUUUUGGUGGUUUUAAUUCAGCACUGCUGCAAGCUGGAAAGUCUGUAUGGGUCAUGAAUGUGGUCCCAACCAGUGGACCAAACUACCUUCCCUUGAUCCAGGACAGGGGUUUUGUUGGUGUUUUGCAUGAUUGGUGUGAGGCUUUUCCAACAUAUCCUAGAACCUAUGACUUGGUGCAUGCAGCAGGGCUUCUGUCACUUCAAAAUUCUCAUCUGGGUAGAUGCAACAUGCUUGAUCUGUUCACUGAAACUGAUAGGUUACUCCGUCCAGAGGGUUGGAUUAUAAUUCGGGACACAGUUCCUUUGAUAGAGUCAGCGAGAGCUCUAGCGACACGGCUGAAGUGGGAUGCCCGAGUUGUUGAACUUGAGAGUGACCACGAUCAUAGACUCCUAAUCUGUCAGAAACCUUUUUUUAAGAGACAGUCAAGCUAAUUAAUUGAUUCUAUUCGUAUUCAUUUCCAUCAUGUUCAGUUAUUGUCAUAAAGCUCCGCCACAAAAAGUGGGGGGUUGAAAAUUUUGAACAGAAAGUAGUAGAACAGGAUAGAGGAAAAGUGGAUCUUGGUCAAUUAUACAAUCACAAGUCCAAUGCCGCCCUAAAAUUUGGUUAGGGCCAUGUAAUUACCAAGCAAGGUCCCAGAGGAGAUGAGGAAGUAUACUGGUAUCUCUAUUUUUUCAAGUGAUGUCUGAUUACAGUUCACACAGCCACAUCAUUAAGAUUGUGAAUGUGAUAGAAUAAGUUAUUGAUGUUUGUUGUAGUGUAUAAAAUGCUGAGCCAAUCAAUUCCCGCUAUGUGAUUUGAGUUGUCUUUCCUGCUCUUAUCUUACAGGCUUUUUGCUGUCUCAUGUAAAAGCUAGACAAAGCUGUACUUGAUAUUUUUUUGUCAGUGUUAAUAAAUUAUAAUGCAAAAUUAUAGUA